AGACAUACACUGCUGAACUACUUGGGCUACCGCGUGAUGUGUGCCCUGGCGGCGUUCUUGCCGACUCGCGCGCAGUCACUUUCCAAGCUGCAGUGGGAGCGCCAGCUCGGCUACCGCGAACUGCCAGAGCGCUGGCGCGUCUGCCUGCGCACCGUCGAUGCCGUCAUGUCGUUGACCAUGCACGCAUUGCAUUUCGAACACUACGUCAAGAAAAACUCGCUCAACUUCAAAAACCACUUCUCCAAGUUCACCGGCGUAGUGUCGGCCUUCAGCAGCUUUUUCAGCGACUACGCGAAGUCACGGAUAGACGAUUACGCAGUGUGCAACUACAAGCUGGAGAAACUUCGACUCGAAAGUUUCGCUCCGAAUAUUUCCAAAGCGCUCAACAUGGACAUUGGCUUCUACGAUGGGGUUCCCUUUGUAGAUGACGGCAACGCUCUGGAGGGCUACUACGUGACACGCUCGUACGUCAGCCGCUCACUCUGGGACGCUGCGUUGAACGGCACCGAUAUUGGAUGGAGACGCUCCGUCUUCGACUUGUCCUGCACGUACGACCCUUCGAGGAACGUCUUCGAGCUGCCCUUGAGUCUUUUCCACGAGCCGUUCUUCUACAAUGACGACACGCUGCCGUUCGAUGAUCCCAGGGUGACAUUUCGAAUAGGAAGAGAGCUCGCUAAGGUCUGUCCUCAGAAUGGCAUAAUGUACGACCCAGAGCGGAACCGUGCCGUGUGGCAGGAGCCUCCAGGCGGCAGCAACGGUACCAUGGCCGACGACGUACGCUGCCUCGUGGAGCAGUACGCUAACUUCACCGUGCGCGAACUAAAUCUCACGGUGCUGGUCGCCCUCGAUGACGCCAUCUAUGUGUGCGUAUUUCUCAGUGCCACGGAGAUGACGCUGGACGAGGCGAAAGGAUGA